CAUGUGCUUGAGCUGCUGUCCAUAAAUAGCCGGCAGGAGAGCCCCAGGAAUCACUAGCCAUCCUUGCCUCGCCUCGUCAUCUCUUUGCUGGUUCCAACCACUAGACUACACAACCUCCAGCACCAUGGACCCUCAGGAAUGCACCUGCGCCACCGGCGGACAUUGCACCUGCGCUGGUUCCUGCAAAUGCAAAAAUUGCAAAUGCACCUCAUGCAAAAAAAGCUGCUGUUCUUGUUGCCCGGCCAGCUGCGACCAUUGUGCCAAGGGCUGCGUCUGCAAAGAGCCGUCAUCCGAGAAAUGCAGCUGUUGCCAAUAAACAGAGAGCCUUCAUCUCUGUAAAUACAAAUGUCAAAAAAGGGGAGUUUCUUUUCGAGCCAAAAAGGUGUAUUUUGUAACUUUUUAAUGCAGGCGGAAGGAAAUAAAAUGUGAAUUUUGGGGAAAAAAA